AUGUAUGGGAUUAGCUACAAGGAUGCAGCUACGAGCCACCUGAAAGUAGCUAUAAUAGACAAGACUAACCCUUACGGUAAGAUAACUGCCGAAAGAGAAAUCCUGGUCAAAAAUACACUGAUGGCAGAGCUAGACAAAACAGUUUUGUACGCCUCCUGCAGCAAAACCAAGCCACCCAUUUUUAGGUUUUGGACGCACUCUGGUGAAAUCAUGAGAGUAACGUGCGACGAUGACCUGACGUUGGAAUGGCUAAAAAUCAAGGUACCAACCUUAAAAAUAUGGAAAGGAGCAACAAUCACUAUUGUGAGGAUGGACGAGCUCCCCAAGCUCACCAAAGCCGCUCUCUGGAUCCAAAGGGAAGCGCAAGCUUAG